CGUAUUAACCACAGAUUAGAACGAAACUUAUAACCUAAAAAGCAGCUGAAGAAAACUUGAAAUAUUGUUGUGGUAUAAUUUUAACUAAAACCUUUAAUAAUGUUAACCAGGUUAAGACUAGGAAAGAGAGAUUUUCGUCUUAUAACUCGUUUUUUAUCCGAUAAACCGUCAGACAACGAUGGAAAAGCUCCAGAAAAUAAGCCAGAAGAGCAAGAAACGAAAAAGAUUUCUUCAGAAACUGAAAAGAUUCAAGAACUGCUAAAAAAGAUGCUGGCCGAACCUAAGAUAUCAGAGAAGGAGUAUCGGGAGAAAUUUGCCACCGCUCCUGAGAUUCCCAGGUGGCGAAAGCCCAAAGCGGAUGAAAUAGAAGUAACAAGUGAAAAAAUUGAGGAAAGUAUAACCAAAGCAGCUGGAGAAGUAGCUCAAGCCAUUGGUGGUGAUGUCAAACAAAAUGAAGCAGAGCUUCUUUCAAAGGUGCUCGGCAAAAUCAACCAAUCUUCAACCACAUUAAGUGACCUAUUAAUUGGCAUGAAAGUGGACCGAAACACAGAAAAAGAUGACACAGUCCAAAAGCCAACUAGAGGACAGCAAGUAAGACGUUUUGUGGAGAGACCCAACACAAAUCAGCAAACCAAGUCUACUCAGAGAAGGCAGGUUGCUGAUACUGAAAGACCUCAUGGUAAAAGAAGCAUUCCUCAGCCUUCGUCAGUCAAUAUAUUCAGUGGAGAACCCCUGGGCAUCUUCAAGGCUAAAGGAACAAACUACGGGACUAAGCUCGACGUUUGGGACUCAUUGAAGGAGAGAGAACUCACCCUGUCUACUCUGCAGCCCCCAAGUAAUUACUUCCAGAAGAUGAUUUUGUGGACAGAACAGGGGAAAGUCUGGAAAUUCCCUAUAGAUAAUGAACAAGGUUUGGAAGAGGAACAGAGCAUCCAUUUCUCGGAACACGUGUUCCUGGACUCACAUCUAGAAGGAUGGUGCCCAAAGAAGGGCCCCAUCAGGCAUUUCAUGGAGCUAGUAUGCGUCGGAUUGUCUAAAAACGCUUUCUAUACUGUUCAGGAGAAAAAAGAUCACAUCAUUUGGUACAAAGAAUAUUUUGAAAGCAAAAAGGACGUUCUCACGGAAGUUGGAGCUUGGGGCUCGAAGACGGAGACUAGCGAGGCUAGCACAUAAAAUUAUUGUCAUUGAUAUACAUUAUAGUUAGUACAUAAUACCAAAAGCUUUCUUUUAUUUUAAUAUAGGUACGCCUAGACAAUCCGUGUGGUAUUGUAACUUCGCCCAAUUUUUAUUGCUGGAAAUUCUGUGCACCCAAUAUUUUAGCUGGACUCUUUUUAUUAAUUCGUUAUUCAAAGGGCGCUUUGACACGGACGUUAGUCGUCCGUUUGCAGUACCGCACACGGAAUAUUUUAUGACAACAGCUUUGGAAUAAAAAUUACAAUAUCAACAGUUAGUGUGCAGUCGUACUAACGCACGACUUACGUCCGUUUCAAAACGCCCUUAUUUGAAAGCGCCUAGUGGUUGAAGCUCCCUGGGCCUACUUCAUAACAUCUCUCUUAAAGGAUCAAGUAAACGACAGUCACUUCUUUUUACAAAAUUCAUUCCGCGCGAUUGUGUUCUUCUUGUGAUACUUUAACUUUCCUCUCCUUACUAUUAGGGAUUAGUUUAGAUACAGCUGACCAUAAGUCGUCCACGAGUGGUGGUAGACUAACGAAACGACUACAUUAGUAGAACCCUGAAAAACCACCUGCCUAGGAUGACUUUUUAAGAUGUUUUUAAAUAUCGUAUGAAAAGGAAACUUGUUUGUGUCACGCAUGCGAGGCAAUCCCGCGUUCGUGUCGAAAUCCGCAUGAUAUUAAAAACAGCCUUAGAUUGUGGUUGAAUUAGGCCUGAAUAUUAAUUGAAUCUACAUAAAGCAUUCUAACUAAUCUGCAAACAAGAAUUCGGAAGUAAAUAAAACAAAUGUUCUUAUUAUUCCACUUUAUUGCACCUAGAAGUACACUUCGUUGCUAACAUUCGAUGUGUUGGCACCACGGCCAUUCGGAAUCAUUUCUUCGCUUACACAUUAGUACACGUUUGUUAUUUAUUUAUCAUACAUGCUAGAAAAAUGUAUAAGUUCCUCCUAUAUUACGGAUGUUAUUUUUCGCCAUACUAUCGUUAAACGAAUCCUAGCAUUCGGAUUUAUAAAAAUCCCUUAGUUUGCUUAACAAAGAGAGCAUCGAAUUACUAGGUAUCGACUAUUUUUAAAUACAUACAAAGUAAAACAUAACUUUUACAAACUUCUUUAAUGCCGAUAUGACAUCAUAAAAUGUUGUAUCAUUAUACUAAAAGUACCCACCCAAUCAUUUUUGUCCAUUAUGUAAAAAAAUCAAGGAACUCAUUAUAUCUAAGUACAUAUUCUUAUAUUAAUUAAUCGUCGUAUACGUUAAAAGCCUCCAAAAAUGUUUCAAGUUAAGAAAAACAUCAAAAUAAAUGUAAAAAAUCACAUCAAUUU